AUGCCUCCGACCAAAGCACAACUCGACCAGUGGCGCAAAGAGUUCGAAGCCGCACGCUCAUUCGAGGACGACGACAUGUGGCUCCCACCAUCACCCAAGACAACGCCAUCUACCCGCAACACCGCUCCUGCCAAUCUACGCCCCACGAACCAGCCAACGACCUCUGCCCCAUCGCAUAUCGCUCCAAACGCUCCCCGCGCUGGACAGCCGCCAACUGCACCCUCCUUCCAGACCAAUCACCCGCCCGCCAACACCAACAUCGCCAGACCGCCAGUGUACAACUCCUACACGAGACAGUGGAUUCAGCCUCAGGCUUACAACGGCACCUUUCACCCCGGUGCACAGCCAUCCGUCAACGCCCGUCGACCCUUGUUCAAUCCCCACGACAGCUUCGGCCCUCAGAGCGACGAUGCGCGCAACGGGAACGGAGACUACGGCGGCGGCAGCGGCAGCAGCAGCAGCAACAGCGCAUCCGGUCAGAACACGGGCUCGCCUGCGAAACGCCCUGAGUAG